AAGGGGGGCUAUGUCAUUUUACACUCUCCCCCACCCCUCACCACUGAUUGGUUCAGAGAGAUGCCCAUUUUUGGGUCUGGCUCCUCAGCCAGUCCGCGGGAGGGGGAUGGCCCACAUGACGGAUGGCCCUCUUGGCCAGUUUGCAACCAGGGGUGGGGCCAUAUGAUGGACAACCCUCUCGGGCAAUCAGCGGUGCCAAUUAGAGGCGUGGGAGGGGCCUGCCACAAUAAGCCCGCUUAAGUGGUGGUGGGCCCCGCAAUUGACUCAUGAAAUCAGUUGCCUGCCGCCUCGAUUUUGGUAGGUCCCUAAUAAUACGCAUAGGGGAAGCCUUGGAAGAGCCGCCUAGAGGUGCUGGGAAAGCACCGCUGGAGAUUUUGAAGAACAUAGUAAAAGAAACCUCUGUCCGUGGCUAAAAGUGUACUCGAUCCUUCUCAGGGGUUUGGACUGCUUAUAAAGAUAACAACAGUAAUAUUAUAGCAGCACUCAUUAGGCUUAGCCAGGGUCUUGGGUACCGCACAAGCACACAUCAAAGACAAGCCCUAAAAUAGAGGGGCGGUAAGCAAAAACCAAGGGAAAGGACAAUGGCUUGACAGACAAGCAAAGGUUCGGGUAAAGAACUAGGACAACAUUGUUACAGAUGUUCCUGUUUCUAAAGUAAAAUCUGGUUAAUUAUCACUCCAAGGGGACUGAUGGGUAACGAUGACUGGUUACCAGUAAUUAGUCCUUUUCAAUUCUUUGCUAGAUGUAUUUUUCAUGUCAUAGCGAGACAUGGUAAGCAAUGAUGUUUGACAUUUUAACAAGGAAGAAAAAAAUUACAGAAGUUUUGAGUGCAAAGUAUGUGCACUCCUACUCACUACCUAAGAACUGUCUGACGAAACAGAUAAAUGUUUAAUGGACUUUUUUGAAAGAAAAUUGCGGCAUGCUCACUCUUUAAGAGUUACAUGAUUAUGAGGGAAUGAAAUAAUCAGUCAACUAUUUUUUCUGUCUGCUCUUACAUGGACUCAUCAUCAACGUUCCCUUUAAGGUUUAGUGAUCUGUGAGCAAUCCUGGCUGGGAGUGCGUGGGUAUCUCGGCGUGCUCCCCACCCCACCGCCCUCCUCUGCAGCAGCUUAUGGCUGGGUUGGGGUGGGUGGUGAGCAGCUGGAAGCGAAGUCGGUGGUGGUGGGGGGAGCAUCAGCACCCCCUUGCUAUGGCACUGGGCAUCCCCCCCCAGGCUGGUGCCAGGGGUCCAUGACCCCCUACUGCUCCCCAUCGGUACACCACUGUGUGCGCGCCAUUAAAAAGUUAUCGCGUGACAUGAUUUUUUAUUGUGCGCGGCCACACAUGCACACAGCUUAGAGAGAACCGUGCUCAUCAUCCCAAAAUGGAAGAUAAUACGGUGCUAUGGUUCAUUGUCUGCAUCUGAUCGAGUCAAAAAAAGCUGGAGUAUCCAACACUUGGCAAGCACCAGUGGGCUUGACAGGAGCUUUGGGGGGCGUAUAUCUUUUAAGCAAAUUAAAUCAUAUCUUAAAUCGUAUCUUUUAAGCAAAUCAUAUCUUUCAAGCAAAUUAAUUAUCAGAAGGAAAUCUAUUGUGAUUUAGUGUGUGUACAUUUGGAACGGGCCGUGCUGUAACAGAUAAACUCGCCAAAGUGUUUUGUGUACAAAUCAAUGGGACGCUAAUGGGGAUUCAGUGUACUGACUAAUCAGACCAUAGCGAUGAUGAGUUAUCCCAGUGCAUCAUUAAACAGAUUUCACUGUGUUUAAUUUGGGAGUGGAGGUAGGGAGGGUAGUGGGGUAGUUAUUAGGAUAGGAGAUCUCUCCCAUAAGCGCGUGUAUUCUAGGUGUAGCACGUGCAGAUAUCUUAAAUGCUUUGCCUUUACUGCAUCAACCAAAAGCCAUGUGUAGAGGAAGAGACGGGAUCUGUUUUAAAGAGCUCAAAGGGAUCUGUUUUGAAGAGCUGGGCCAACAGGGACCUUUAGCAUUUAGUGUAAACUUUAAUGAGUUGCAGCUGAUUGCAAGAGAAGUAUUAUUUCUUUUCAUGGCCAGUUUCUACUUCUAAACUAGCUAAAUCAGAAAGGUCCACUUUUAGAAACAGAUUUUGCCCGCACUUGCCUUGUUAGCGUUCUCUGAUGAAUCCUUACCAAACAUGGAGAUUAGUGCACUGUCCAGAUGAAACAGUAGGCUUUAAAAAAAAAGAUCAAGUCCCUUUUGCCCUGACUUCUCCGAGUUUGAGAGUGCUGGUGCUUAUCCUUUGUGCUUGCUGUCUUGUUGCUGGAAGAUCUGGAUAGCUGCUGCUGUUCCAUUUAUUAAUCACAUCCAUUGUUUCCACCACAAGGUGAAUCUCUGCUAGCCUGCUGAGCAUCCUGAGGUCAAUUCAACGUGCAGUUAUACACAUAGCUAAUGCCUGUCAUUUGCCAGGAACAUGAAAGAAUCCAUUCAAACCUGUCUUACUUCCCUUCCCUGCUUCCCCCACCCCAUCCAUAUACACCCUUUUUAUUGCAUCGGAUAACUUAAAGCAAAUGCUUGGCUGGCUGAAAAAUAAACCCUCUUCCUAGUGUUUUACGGCAGGUGCCAAGAGCUGGCAGCAGGACUGAUAAUCUGGGAUUAUUGGAGUUUGGGGGUUGAUGAUCCCAUUUUAAAGGGAACCCCCCUCCUCUCUUUAUGGGGAGAAAUGUGUUACAAAAUAUGGCAGUCUCUUUUUGGGUAAACCCCCCCAAAGGAACAGGGCAGAAGGUGACAUCCUGCAACCCCAGCUCUAUGUGGGUGAAGCAGCACCAGCAUUGCUAAAGAAAGGUCUUUUCCUCCUUAAAGAAUUGCAGUCUGAGCCUUCUCCCCAUAGCUGCAUACUGUUUCUCGCCCCAUUUCCAUUGACUCCCAUGGAAAUUUCCAGCAGAAAUCCACAAAUUGUCAAGAGAAAAUAUGCCAGAUAAUUCCUUCUCCUAUCCUGGCCUGGGGAACCUCUCUGCAUGACAUUAUUAUGGGAUUCCUGCAGUUCCCUCGGGAGUACAGACUGCUGCUCCCCUCGUUCCUUAUCACAUUCACCACCCAAGAUCAGUCACCUUCCUUCGACCAGCUUCAAGGGCUGGAAGUACCUUUUUUACCAGGAUCUGUGCAGGGAGCAGGAACCAACAUCACCCAAGAACCUGGGGGGAAAUGAAAUCCCUGAGUCUAAAUUCCUAAAACCCAAAGUAAUACUAAUGUGCCAUCAUUUGUGAAAACCAGAUAAUACACGUUAGGCAAUACAUGCAGCUUCCAAAGCAUCUUUGGACGGAGCCCAGCCUCCAAACUAGACCAAGCAGCCUGAGCUAGCUUGUGGAUCUAUUUAAUACUUUUGCCAACUAAAGAUACAGUGAAGGUCAGGGGCGGCAGUCUACCAAGCCAAGCACAUAGCAAGUCUCCUGUAGCUAGAAGCAGCGGCAUUAAAAACUUGACGUGCUUAAAAGGUCCCCAUUGCACAGCAAAUUACAUUCUCUCUUUGUCUCUGUCUCUCUUAAGACAUGCAAGUAGGCUUAACAAGUCACUGGGGACUGAAACAAUAAUAUCUCUGUAUCUAAUGCUUACUGUAAUCAAAAGAUGGAUUACAAAACAGACUUUAUUUUUAAUUAUUAAUGUGCUGAACUAAAAAAAUAAACCACAGAGUUGUAUGCUGUUUAUCAAGGAUGAAAGGAAGAGAAACCAUUCAGGAACAUUAGUAUUGUUAUUUUAAUUCUUUCUUUCAGACCUUCUCUAGUAUAUCGGUGAUUAGGUGAUACAUAAAAAAGAGACCAUGUCACGAGUAAGGUGAAGUAGGUCUAAUAAUUGGUAUCCGGCAGUGCAGUAAAUUACCGUGCUUAAAUGCACGUGUAGAUGGUGAUGUUGGGAUUAUUCUAUUCUGGCUCAGAUUGAGCCGGAGUAUGUUUGGUCACAUUAAUUGCAUGUGUAGAUGCGUCCAUUGUGUGGCUGAUUGGUGAAGCGUGGGGCUUACAACCUCAGCUAAGUCGUGUCCCACAUGGGUUUAUCCAUUCCUGAUACAGGGGCUGUAGACCUUGAUCUGAAGCUAUCUAUUCAGGUUCCCUUUCUCAUCCCUCCUCCUACUGUGCAGCAUGUACCCUAUGUACAAACUGGGUUGGAAGACAGACCGGUUUCCUUUGUAACACCAGUAUUAGCCAGAACAGGGCUGCACAAACCAAGAGGAACCCCCCAGAACCCCCCGUGCUUGUACAAUAUGAGGUCACCCUAAUAGGUCCUAAACAUUAACAUUUUCCAUGGAUGCCCCAGUAUAGAAGAAGAAUUUCUUAGCAUACAGUUCUCUAGAGGUUCGGGGCUAUAGAGAAGUCCAUAAGUAUGGCACGGUACGAUGUCAUAAAUUAGGGCAACCCCUGGGAUGCUGUAAUUUCCCAAAUCUCAGGAGUGCAAAUAUCCAUCCGGGAACAUGCCUUCUAAUAGUGAUUACUAGUGUUUUCAGUACACUGCACAGUGAGAGUGACAUAUCUGCCUCAUCCUGCAUUGGAUCCCGAAUUGCUCUUAUUAUACAAAAUGCAUUGCUUUUCACUGUCCUUAUUUGUUUCUGUUUGUUUUUUACUAUUGUGAAGUCUAAAAUGGACAUGCAAAGGAGCAUUUUAUUUUCAAGUGGGGCAAAGUGUUUUAUUUUUAGGAUACUCCUAAUGAGGAGAGAAUCUCAGGCAGUUCUUAUCUCUUAGCUAAUAAUAGUGACCUUGCUCACUCUGAAUGGUAGCAGUGUUACCACACACUCCUUUUCAUGGUCAUCUGUACACAUUCAGGCAUUGCAUUAUGCUUCUAAUGAUCUUCUCUUUAAAGCUGUUAGCAAUUUAGGAUGUUCAUAUUUUAAUAGCAGGGUUUGUCCAUAAGACAGUUAUUAACUCCUUACUGUUUCAAAGUAUUAUUACAUGGCCUUCCUGAUUAUAAAUGUUACCAUUAUGGUUUUUAGUGUAAAGAAGUUUUCGGUGUAACCUAAACAUCUGUCUAUAGUUCACCAUUUUAAAAGCACCAUGAGAUUUUUGACAUGUGUUCUGUUCGCUACUGAUCUAAACUAUGCCGCUUAUAGAAAACGGUGUUACUUAGAUCAGUUUUGCCUCAGGCUUUUUGAAUGUCUGUACCUAGCCUUAGUCAAAUCCACAAUUACAUUAAUCACAAAUCAGCUUUUAAAAUAUACAUUGAUUUUAAUCCACUAAAAUAUGUCAACUAAUAGUGGUUUCCCCUUGUUCUAGAUCAGAUUGGUGAUCUCUUUUCAUACAAGGAAGUUAUCAACGUGCAGUUAUGAACAAACUGUAGAUUUAUUUUGACUGAAGUAAAGCUAAAGCAAAAUACAAUAUUCUAAGACCUCAGUUUUGGAAGAGUUGGAGAACACCAGCUGACGGGGCAUAAAGUAGCAGUAAAAAUUUUAAACAGACAGAAAAUUCGCAGCUUGGAUGUGGUUGGGAAAAUCAAAAGAGAAAUUCAAAAUCUAAAACUCUUUCGGCACCCUCAUAUUAUCAAACUGUACCAGGUUAUCAGCACUCCAACUGAUUUUUUCAUGGUAAUGGAAUAUGUAUCUGGUGGCGAAUUAUUUGAUUACAUCUGUAAGCAUGGACGUGUCGAAGAGGCAGAAGCUAGACGCCUUUUCCAGCAGAUUCUCUCUGCAGUGGAUUACUGUCACAGGCAUAUGGUUGUCCACAGAGACCUGAAACCAGAGAAUGUGCUGCUAGAUGCACACAUGAAUGCCAAGAUAGCUGAUUUUGGGUUGUCUAACAUGAUGUCGGACGGGGAAUUUCUGCGAACGAGUUGUGGUUCCCCAAACUAUGCAGCUCCUGAAGUCAUUUCUGGAAGGUUGUAUGCUGGCCCUGAGGUGGAUAUCUGGAGCUGCGGUGUGAUUCUCUAUGCUCUUCUCUGCGGCACUCUCCCAUUUGAUGAUGAACACGUACCCACACUCUUUAAGAAGAUCCGUGGAGGCGUAUUUUACAUCCCCGAAUACCUCAACCGGUCCGUUGCCACUCUCCUCAUGCACAUGCUGCAGGUCGACCCGCUUAAACGAGCAACUAUCAAGGACAUGAGAGAACACGAGUGGUUUAAACAAGAGUUGCCCAGUUACCUGUUUCCGGAGGAUCCUUCCUAUGAUGCCAACGUCAUCGAUGACGAGGCGGUGCGGGAAGUGUGUGAGAAGUUUGAAUGCACAGAGUCAGAGGUGAUGAACAGCUUGUAUAGCGGUGACCCACAAGACCAGCUUGCCGUAGCUUACCACCUCGUUAUCGACAAUCGGAGAAUCAUGAACCAAGCCAGUGAGUUCUACCUCGCCUCCAGCCCCCCCACUGGCUCAUUUAUGGAUGACAGUACUAUGCAUAUCCCACCUGGGGUGAAACCACACCCAGAGCGGAUGCCUCCUCUAAUAGCAGACAGUCCCAAAGCAAGGUGUCCUUUGGAUGCUCUGAAUACUACUAAGCCAAAACCUCUGACUGUGAAAAAGGCCAAGUGGCAUCUAGGAAUCCGCAGUCAAAGCAAACCUUAUGACAUUAUGGCCGAAGUGUACCGAGCUAUGAAACAGCUGGAUUUCGAAUGGAAGGUGGUGAACUCCUAUCAUCUUCGAGUGCGUCGGAAGAAUCCAGUAACUGGAAAUUAUGUGAAAAUGAGUUUACAGCUUUACCAAGUUGACAAUCGAAGCUAUCUCUUGGACUUUAAAAGCAUCGAUGAUGAUGUCAUGGAGCAGAGGUCAGGCUCAUCCACACCCCAGCGCUCUUGCUCCGCGGCUGGCUUGCACAGACCAAGACUGAGUAUUGAUUCUGCUGCUGCUGAAUGCCAGUCACUUACUGGAUCCCUGACUGGUUCCUUGACUGGGAGCAUAUCCUCCGUUACUCCACGCCUGGGGAGCCACACCAUGGAUUUUUUUGAAAUGUGUGCCAGUCUCAUUAUGGCAUUAGCUCGCUGACAAGCAGCACCGAGUCACCGGUCCCUCCUCAUGCAAUGCUGCACUGUGAGACUCUGGUCCUAUAUCACGUAUUUGUUUCCUUUUUCCUCCCACCUUCCCCCUCGUUUUUUGCUCUUUGGUCCCAUCCUGGGAAUCGUGUGCAUUGCUGUGCAAACUCUUCAGAAUCCAACUACUCCCUUGCAAAGGAUCUGGUUGCCCGUACAGCGCAUUAAGGGAACUAGGAACAGGUUUGUGUUGCUUACUACAUUCUGGUGGGAUAAAGAGAACCAGACAGCUUUUACCAGUGAACACGAUCAGGAAGCUUGGCCGUGGUUUUAAAAUAUGGAUAUAUUAUGCACAGAUUUAACAUGGGCUAUACCUUGGCUCAGUAAGAAGUCCCACCCCACGUGCAAUCAUGCUUGAAGUCUUCAUGGUCUUGGUAUCAGUCUGAAAUCAGCCAGCUUAAAUACAGUGUUGUGGUGGAAUACUGACUUUUCACAAAUUAUGAAAUGGAUAUUAAAUGCAAUUGUCUAUGCGUUCAAUGCACAUCUUCACCAUGUUUAACCAGGAGAACAGGUCAGCUGAUCAGAGAUCCCAGUGUUAAGCAUGAAUAAAACUAACUAGAAGAAAGGUGGAAAGUACAGUGUAUUCUGAACAAAAGCCUUGAAACUCCUGCUGAAGCUGCCUUAAUUUAUCAGAACUUAUGUAUAAGACUGUUUCUUCUUAUCUGUAUCUUUCCUAAGUUUUUAAAAUAGUUUCUUUACCCUCAUCUCACAAAGCUGUGAAGUAGGUACUGUAAACAUGGUAAUAUUUAUUCUUGUUGCUGGGAGCAUGUUCAUGCACUCUGUAUCAUGUUCUACUUGUGUGUUUUAUAAUCUUAAGAUAUUUUCUUUCUUUCGAGUGCAAAGCAAAGCUCAAUGACAUGACAGCUGUAGCGCCCACCUCAAUUUGGGCAGGAAAACCCCCCUCAUCUCCAGUUAAUCCCCGAGGGUCAAUACAACCAGCGUGUUGCAAUUCCUUGUUCAAGUAUUUUUUUUUUUUUAAAAGAAAGUUGCUUCUGAUUUUCUCUGGUUACGAUAUUUUGCCUGCCACUAUUAAAAAGCUCUGGAUAUAAUUUCUUUUUUUUUUAAAGAAAAACAAGGUCUGUAAAAAGGUUACAUGGGUUUUGGAAUUUCACUUUUUGUUAACAGAAGGACCAGGAAAGAAGAGAUGCUUUUUAUUAUUAUUCUUAUUAUUAAUAAUGAUUACACUACUUUUAAAAUAAUAGCUGUUGUGAAAGGGCAGAAGCCCUAGUUUCAGUUUUGUUCUUUGUGCAAGUAACCGACCGUUAGAAGUCACAAAGAAGCCUUUUACCUUCCAUUUAUGGUGUGGAAAGUGUUCCUCUGUGUACUGCACUGCAUGUGAUAGCUGUCUCCAUGGCUGACAUUUGCACUUUAAUAAACUCAGAGAUGGAAAAGAGAGACAAUAGCAACAAAGCCUUAAAAUAUAUAUUUAAAUUAAAGGCCUCAGCGCUGCUGGAAUUAAUGGUA